AUGUACGACGCGCAAUACCAUCCACCAAAUGCCGAUUUGCAGGCUUCGCUCAAAGGCCUACUUCUUGAUCUUCGGUCCUAUCGGGAAAUCAAGAGUUGGAAACAAGACGACUGGUCCGGUGACGGUGGUGGUAAGAUCACGGGUGCGGAUAAAGCCGGCGAUGACGGACUAAUGUCGAUAGACAUCGAAUACGUCGCAAGCGUGGCGGCAAUGGAAUGGAGCGUACCAGCCGACAAGGAAGAGGAAGUCAUGAAAUACUACAGAGAAGUCGUCGGCCCCACAAUAUCUAGUUCACCAGACGUAUUGCGGUUUCGCCUCUUUGAGGUCGACAACGCAACAACGAUGCAGGGCGGAAAGUUCGAGACCAAAGACAAGAAAGAGCUACACAGAUACUUUACUCUCGUCGAGCUAGAGUCUGAGCAGUGGCCAUGGGAUGUGGUCGUCGAUCUCGCGGAGGACAAGGAAUGGAAGGACUAUUUCGAGAGCCAGCAAGUAGUGAAAUGGCAACUUAGUCACUACUUGAUGAAGAGGGCGUAUGGCGUACCGGAAAGUAAGGCCUCUGCAUCGAGCUAA